AUGACCGAACGCCCCUCGCCAUCAUGUUUGCACGCUUCCUGUAUCGGCUUCAUGCUAGACUUCUCAGACUUCAAAUACGACAAAAUCCCGGCUCUCGGGAAGAAUCUCCCCGCCAAGGUAAAGCUUGCCGUCAUGCUACGAGGCGGAAAUUAUGAUAGGGUGGAAUACGCCGAGCUCAAUGACCGUCGGUCAAGAACAUCAUGCAGCCUGCAACGCUGA